GCAUCUGGUGUUAAUCGUCCCCGCUCGAGCGUUUUACAAUCGGCAGCUGCACCCGAGUGUUGCCCAAUUGAUUCCACCAUGGCCGGAGGACACAUGAAGUAUCGCCACUUGAGUCGCUCAUCGUCUCAUCGACAGGCACUCCUCCGAAAUCUCGUCACUUCCCUCUUAAAACACGAAACGAUUUCAACGACAUGGCACAAGGCAAAGGAGGCGCAGCGAUUGGCGGAGAAGGUCAUCACAUUAGCGAAAAAGAACACAGAAGCAUCAAGACGGCGGGCACAUCAGAUCCUUUACACACCUGAUAUAAUGGUCCCAAAACUUUUCCAAGUAUAUGGUCCUCGCUACGCAGACCGACCCGGUGGAUACACGCGUGUGCUUCGCAUCGAGCCUAUCAAAGAAGAUCAAGCCGAAUCCGCCAUCCUGGAGCUCGUUGAUGGACCUAGAGAUAUGCGAUUUGCAAUGACCGCACAAACACUUGCACAUAAGCCAGAAGAACAACCAUUGAAUGAAAUGACGGCAAAGAAUGUGGAAAAGGUCACAAAAUUCAGGAAGAACGGCAUGGAAGAUUUAAGAGAGAUGGUGGAGCAAUUGAGGAUACACAAUCAGAAUAAGCCAGACAUUAAGCUUCCUGACAAGAAGAAGGUGUAUCCAGAGGACAGACAGAAGAGACUUAUGCAUUAUCGUUGAGGGUUGCAUGACUGUAUAUCAAGGAUGUAUUAUAUGGAUUUUGCAUGUAGGCGGUAUAUACCAUCAAGACUUUUUUCAUGCCUUCACGUAGUAAGGAAUUUACUUUUGAUUGUCCAC